AUGGUUCUCGUACUUCUAAUUUUACUACGUUAUUUUAUUGUUAUUGACGGCAAUCACUUCAACGGUGGUACUAUCAGAUGGCAACCGAUAAACCCCUAUUCUAACUCAAGCCUAGUGGCAAUUUCUAUUAUUCAAUCAUAUUCAUGGAGCUAUCCUACAAUAACUUGUACGACCAAUGUGCCUAUUUCGACCAGCGGUCGAAGCAAUGCGAACGCUAAUGUGACAUGUGUUGUUGAUUGUUCGACUGAUGGUGGCUAUUCAACUAAGCCAGUUAACAUUUUAACUGACUGCGUUUCAGUCAGUUCAUCGUUGACUAUGCUGACAAGUCAACGAUCAGCCAACAGGACACUCACAGCCGGUGCACAUUUUUAUAUAUCGUAUGAAGGAAGUGCUUGGCGUGCUUUAAACAAUCCUGCUCAAAGUAGUCUUUAUUGGUCAAUUUUGUGUUUCAUCGAUCUCCGUUUGCGACCUGAUGGUUUUAUAAACACUCCACCCGAGGCGAAUGUCGUCUCUCCACAAUACGCUAUUGUAAAUAGAACAACUCAGAUUCAAAUACCUGUAUCAGAUGUAAACGUAGGCGAUGAUGUGCGUUGUCGAUGGUCUGUAUAUACUUAUGGAUAUCGCAGACGAAGACAAGUAAAUGAAGACGAAAAUUCAUAUCACAAAUCUAGUACCGAUUUGUAUAAAAAAACAACUGCAGAUGAGAAAGUUGUUCAUAUUAGGAAACGAAGGGCACCAUUUAUUACAUGUACUGGUUUUUGUUCCAGUGUCUGUGCGAUCGGAUGUAGAUGCAACUGUCUUGCUUGCGCAGGAACUACGUGUGCUGGUCUACUCUGUGAAACAUAUUUUACGUGUCCAGUCAUCGUGACAACAAGCGAAACUCCUGCAACGUUGCCAACCACUUCCACGUAUCCUGUACGUCAGUCAAUCGAUGAAUGUGGUGGUAUUUGCUAUCCGAACAGUAUGCCUAAUGGCACUAUCCUGUCCAACUGCAUCAUAACAUUCAAAGGACUUAUACCUGACACUUGGUAUGCUGUUGCUAUCCAAGUUGAAGAUUUUAUCAACAAUACAAGCACAACACCUAUGAGCUCGGUACCAGUUCAAUUUUUGAUUUAUGUUAUGCCAACACCAACUUGUUCAAUAGCACCUGUUAUUUUACCCUUAACGGGUUGUCUCGAAGUAACAGUUGGUGUUUCAAUCACUUUUAAUAUAUCAGCAUAUCAUCUGUGUGAUCCAAACUACACCGAAAUUACCGAUAUUGUCGUAUCAAAACAAAUUGAUGGUAUGGAAGUUGGCGAUCUCACAGCAUCACCGACUAAUGCGUCGGAAUUCUAUGUCAAUUUCACUUGGACACCACAGGUAUCUCAACUUGGACCACAAGAACUAUGCACAAUCGCCUAUACUGAUGACAAAGUCCAAUCAACACAGUAUUGUGUUACAUUUACUGUAAUAACGUCAUCUUCGCCUUGUACAACAACAACAACGUCAACAACGUCAACUACAACUACAACAACCACUACAUCAAUCACUACUGUAACAUCGACAACAUCGACAACAUCAACGACUUCAACGACUUCAACAACUUCUACGACAUCGACUGUUUCGUCGACAUCAGUAGUUUCUACUGCUCAGUCGAACAGUAAUAUUUCUGUUGGACUCGGGCUGGGUUUAGGUCUUGGUCUUCCUAUACUAAUACUCCUUAGUGCAUUGGCUAUAUGUCUUUGUUGUAAAUGGUGUUCAGGACUUUUCUGGUAUGUAACUACCGUAACUCUCUAA